CCGCAUCUUUCUAAUGUUUUUGUUUUGACGAAAAAUCGGGAAAAGAUGGAAAUGUUCACUGAAAAUAAAGACUAUGUUUUAGCAAUUUCAGUUCCAUUAACAGUUUUAUUUGUAAUUGCUUCAAUGUUAUACACGAUUCGUAAUAUUUCAAGGACAUCAGGAAAACCCAAAGUUGAAGAGAAAAAAAAAUCCAGUAACGAAAGUGAGACAGACGAGAAAGUUUCAGCCUCAGGUGAUAACAAUGAAAAAGCCCACAGCAAAAUUGAUCCAGUACAGUAUUGCGAACAUAUCCAAAGUGAAGUGAAGAAAGCACGGCAUAAAGUUGCUACUCAAGAAAUACGGCAAAAACUCACUGAAGAAGAUCUGAAAAAUGAAAAAGAAAUUCAACGCAAGCAAAUUGAAGACAUUUUCAAGCUGAUGGCACAACAUUCUGACAAGUUUGGUGUAUCAAGUGAAGAUGAUGUCGUGCAACAGAUGAAACUAUAUGUUUAGCAACAUUUAAACAUUUGUAAAAUAAUGUUACAGUAGAUUUAUAAUUACCUCAGUUCUUUGUAAAACAAGUAGUUCAUACAAGUAGUUGAUAAAGUACAUGUUUAAGAUGGUUAGACUAUAGAUCGAAGGGAACUAUUGGUAUUAUGGUCUUGUUUGAAUAUAGAUCAUUAUGUUAGUCACUGGGUCAUAUCAAGAGAAAAUCUUGCUGACACUAGGGACUUCUUAAUCAAGUUAAAAUUUGAGUUUAGGGUUUAAAACUUGAACAAUAUAGCUUAAAUCAUAUGAAAAUCUUGAUCCUUCUUUUUAUCAUAUGUAUAUACUAUAUACAUGUAUUUAACUUUACUGAGUGUGAAGAAAUGAAGAUAUGUUUAAAAUCCUUUGAAAACUGCAAAACCUUAGGCUUAUAUAUUGGGAAGUAGCUUUUCAGCCCAUGGCCUAUUACACCUUUACAAAAUAAAUAUAAAUAAAGUAAAAAUGGCUCUCCUUCAGGGUCACUUAUAUAACAUUGUCUUUAUAUGAAAAUCUCUCCUCAGAAAUUAAUAUUGUACAAUGUCCAUCAUUAGACAUUUGACAUGUAGCAUCACCUUGAAAUUUUCAAAAAAAGUUACUUUAAUGAUUUUUAAUCAUACCUUACUGAUUUAGGGUCAAAAUUGGCCACCUAUGGGGUUACAUAGUUUACAUAUAGAAAAACACAUUAAAAUCUUUUUUUGAAAAUAUAUAGCCUGGAGCUUUAGGCAUGACUUGUAGCAUGGCACAGUGAACCUUUUAUCUAAGAAAGGUGUUUUUGAAUCAUGGCCUUAUUGACAAAAUUACUCCAUCUUAGUGUGACCCAUUAGCCUACUUCAACAUUGAAGAAUAAUGUCACUUUCUAGCAUUAGAUCAUAUCUUGCGCAAUUUAGGGCCACAAUGUCAUACUUGUUUAGUGUUGUACUUCGCUUUAAUCUAAGAUUUUGUGUUAUUUUGAGAUAGAAAUGUUUAUUUGUUCUGUGUUUAUAUAGAUAUUUAUUUCUGCGAGUGUUAAAUGUUUAUUGUUAUGUUCUAAUGAAUGUUUCCUGUUCUUUGGAUAUUGUUGAUGUAAUGAUUGUGAUGAUUAAAGAUCUCUAUAUUAGGAAUCUUCAGGUAGUCAAAAGUUUUAUAUUGCUUUGAUUUUAAUACUUAAUUUAGUAUUAAAGAUAUCUUGUAUUAGUAUUAAAGAUAUCUUGUGUUUGAUUGAAAUUUUAUUUUUCAAUUUUUGAAGAAGAAAAAAUGCAACUUUAAAGAUCUGUCAUUUAUAAUAUGUUUAUUUUGCCAAACAGUUAAUUAUUUAAUCUAUUGAUUAUUUGAUCUAUUAAUUUGGAUUUUUAAUAAAAUCAAUUUUACUCCAUGACAGUAAAAAUCUUUUUUAAACGGUUCUAUUGACAGUUAUAUCCCACCAAAUUCACAGAGGGAUAUAUCAUAUAGAUUUGGUGUUGUCCAUUCCGCCUUCUGUCUGUCUAUCUGUCACAUAUUGACUGGAAUGUAACACUAAAACAAUUGUAGUUUUAUACAUGAAAGUAUUUUAGAUAACUAUAUUUUACCUGAAAGUGUGCAUAUGUCAUAUGUAUACAUUUAGGAGUCAGGGCUUUUUUCCACAGGCUGGGGGAGCAGCCCUUCCCUUAAUUUUUGGUGAAAAAUAAUAUGGUAUUUUUGUAAAAGGGGGAAAAAAACUUUGUCAAUUCAACUUUGGGUGAAAAAAAACAGCAUGAUUUUGAAGUAUUUUUCUUUGAGGAAGCUACCUGUAAAAGACCACUGCUAAAGAAGGGAAAAAGGCCCUGGGAGUGAUGCAAUGCAUAGGAAUUGUAACUGUUCUGUUAAUAAAGUUUGAAUUGUUGUUCUUUGUUAAAGGCAUUUUUUAAUUUUACCAAUAAAUAUUUGGUUAGAUUGCAAUGGAACUCGGCAUAAUGAUAAGAAGCCUACUAUCGUGACCGGAUAUCAGUUUGAAGAAUAUUGUAAUAUUACACCAUUUGUUCUGAAUUAGUUUUAAAUAAAGUUGUUGUAAAUUU